AUGUCCGGUGAAGCCUGGCUCUAUCUGUUGGCGGUGUUGAUCAACGCCGUCAACUUGUUCCUUCAAGUCUUCUUCACGAUUAUGUAUAGCGAUUUGGAAUGCGACUACAUCAACCCGAUCGAUCUCUGCAACCGUCUCAACGCUUACAUUAUUCCCGAAGCUGCUGUCCAUGCAUUCCUUACCAUCCUCUUCGUCAUCAAUGGCUACUGGGUCGCUAUUGUGCUCAACUUGCCUCUGUUGGCGUUCAAUGCCAAGAAGAUCUACGAGAACCAGCAUUUGUUGGAUGCGACCGAGAUCUUCCGCAAGCUCAACGUGCACAAGAAGGAAUCCUUCAUCAAGCUGGGCUUCCACCUGAUCAUGUUCUUCUUCUACCUCUACAGCAUGAUCGUUGCUCUUAUCCGCGACGAGUCUCACUGA